UGAGAAUUAAUUAAUAAAGCUUGGAGGCCGAUUCAAAUUAUUCGAUUUUUCUAGUUCUACCAAUUUGAACUAAAAACUUUUAAAUACCCAAGAAAAUGAAAACCACACACUGAUACAAGAACCGGACUUGGUACGAGAAAGAAGAAACGACGAGUCCCAUCGUCGAAGAAGAAACAUUUUUUUUCUGAUCAAAUCGCAUCCACGGUUUGCCUGGGAAUAAAAGGAAUUAGAUCAUUCAAUCAUCGAGAAAGAGCAUUGCAGGGUGGUUUUGCAUCUGAGAAAUGGAUCCUGGUCGCUAUGGCCUUCAGCAAGGAUGGGAUAAUAACAGCGCUCUGGAGGGGUAUGGUGCUGUUCAUGAGCCUAACUACCGCAGGGUUGGUGGUUCAUAUAAUAAUAGGAGGUUUAUCAAUGACCGGUAUUCAAGGGAUAAUGUCUACCCAAGAAAUGCCUUCCACAGGGACAUUCUAGAGAGGGAGAACUACCCCCCUCCUGCUGUUGAUGUUUGGCCCCAAUCAAGAAGGAGAAGUUAUGAAGAAGAAUACCCCAUCGAGAAGGAGUCUAGGAGACAUGAGAGACCGAACUUUGAUUCUUAUCAUGAUAUGGAUGCUGUUCAUGAUCGGGAUGGCUACCAUAGCAUCAACAACUACCGUGAUCAUAAAUUUGACAGGGCUUCUAGGUUUGGGGAACAUGACCGUGAUGAUUAUGCAUAUGAUGAUUAUGACUACAAGUCACAUACUUCCUAUCAGAAACGGGGGGAUAGCCGUGAGAGGGAUUAUGAAUAUGGUCGCCAUAGUUAUGAUUCUGAUUAUGAAAGAGGCAGCAGGAGAGAUGGCAAUUGGAGGAGGGGUGAAUCCCAUGAUCGAGAAUGUGAUAAGAGAGCUUUGAGUCAGGAAAAAUCUCAGAGUCCACAUAGAUGGCAUGAACGAUCUCAGUCUCGGGGAUAUGAUGAUCGUCGUAGAUCUAGGUCCCCUCGAAGUCGAAGUCAUAGCCGAAGUCAACGGGAGGACAGCUAUGAUGAUGGCAGACAUGAGAGGAAUGAAAGGAGGAGGGACCGUGAAGACAAGCGUCAUCCUGGUCAUUAUGACAUGGCUCCAUCUGCAACCGUUGUUGUGAAAGGUCUCUCACAGAAGACAACUGAUGAAGAUCUUUACCAGAUACUUGCUGAGUGGGGGCCACUUCGACAUGUUCGUGUGAUCAAAGAGAGGAAUUCUGGCAUCUCACGUGGAUUUGCCUUUAUUGAUUUUCCUUCUGUGGGAGCAGCAUGUGCAAUGAUGGAUAGGAUUGGGGAUGAUGGUCUUGUUGUUGAUGACAGAAAGCUUUUCUUUGAGUACAGCAGUAAGCCGACUGGGGGGGCAGGUGGACCUUUUGGUCAAGAUAAAUCUGGUCAGCACAGAAAAAUCACAGUGCCAUCUGAUUGGAUGUGCACCAUUUGUGGCUGUAUCAAUUUUGCAAGGCGUACAUCCUGCUUUCAGUGCAAUGAGCCACGAGCUGAUGAUGCACCACCAGCAGAUAUAGCUUUAUCAAAUCCACUGUCUGUAGGAAAGAAAGGAUUUGAGGCAGGUCCAACUCAUGUUUUGGUAGUUCGUGGAUUGGAUGAAAAUGCGGAUGAGGAGAUGCUUCGCUAUGAAUUUUCCAAACAUGCUCCAAUAAAGGAUCUUCGACUGGUUAGAGAUAAGUUUACUCAUGUUUCAAGGGGAUUUGCGUUUGUACAUUUCCAUUCGGUUGAGGAUGCUACUAAAGCCCUUGAUGCGACCAAUGCAACCACUCUUGAGAAGAAUGGGCAGAUCUUACGAGUGGCUUAUGCAAAGAGCAUUCUUGGCCCAGGGGCAUCAGGACCGUCACAGUCAAGCAGCUUAGCAGCAGCUGCAAUUGAGGCAGCGGCAUUUUCCCAACAGUAUGAUGCUGUUGGAUGGGCACCCAAGGAAUAUAACCCAGAUGACAAUCAAUCUGCUGGUGGGCAGGAGCAAGCCAGUGGGGAGAUUACAGUUCAAAAGGAUGGUUCUGCACCACAAUCUGGUUUUGUGUGGGAUGAAGCAUCUGGUUAUUACUAUGAUGCUGCUUCAGGCUUCUACUUUGAUGGAAAUACAGGUCUUUAUUAUGAUGGCAAUCAAGGGGUUUGGUACUCUUAUGACCAGCAAACUCAGCAGUACAUCCCUUUCACAGAUAACAAUGACAAUAAAGCAUCUAGUAAUCAGUCUGAGAAUUCCAGGUCAUCUGACAGUUCCAGUAACAGAAAAGUAGUAAUUUCUGCUCCAGCUGCUACAAUUACAUCCACAGAGAAGGCUGCCUCAUUACCUGAUGCUGUCCAGGCUGCUGCUUCAGCAGCAUUAGCUGCAGAGAAAAAAGAGAAGGAGAAAGCAAAAGAGAUAAAACUUGCUUCAAAGAGCAGUAUUUUGGCUAACAAGAAGAAAAUGAACAAUGUAUUAACAAUGUGGAAGCAAAGGAGUCAUGAAGGACAGACUACCCGUGUGGCUCUUGAUGAUAGUCAUCCAUCUACUCCAGCUGAUGACAGGUCGUUUUCAGUUGGGCAAUCCACAAAGAGCAAGUUUAAAUCUGAUACAACCACCACAAAGAAGAGCUCUAUGUCCAGUUCAGGAGUAGUCACAACUCCAUCUGCCCAAACUAAUGGUUUGGAGUCUUCAGUCAAGCCAAGACCUGUGAGCAACAGCUCAGGAGGGACUUUGAUGGGGGUUAUAAGGGGUUCUGGACUAGGUGUUGUGAAGUCUGAUACUUCAUAUUCUGGACCAUCUGCUGGUGUUUCUACAUCCAAUGCUGCUGUACCUCUAACCAUGGCAGGUUCAUCAACAAAUGCAGAUACAUCUUCAGUUGCAGCUCCUUUUAGGACAGAUGUAUCUGCAUUGGGCUCUUACACACCACCUGUGGCUGCUGGGAGUGGCAAGAGGAGAUUUUCUGAAAUGCCUCUACCUUCUGCUUCUACUCACAAGGAGCAACCAAAAAAUUCCUACAGGGAUCGUGCAGCUGAAAGGAGGAGCUUGUAUGGUUCUUCUUCUGUUGGAGAUGAUUUGCCUGAUGUGGAUCCACAUCGGGAUUCUGCAUUCAAAAGGAGUACUUUGGAUCCAAUGCCUUUCCCCCCUGGUGUUGGAGGAGGACGUGUGAUUGGAGAUGCUCAAAGUUACGAGGUGAUUACAGCAGACAAGGCACUUGGUGAGAGCAAUGUAGGCAAUCGAAUGCUUCGAAAUAUGGGCUGGCAAGAAGGCUCGGGACUGGGGAAGGAUGGCGGUGGAAUGAUUGAACCAGUUCAAGCCCAAGCCAUAGAUAGGAGAGCAGGACUUGGGAGUCAGCAGAAGAAGAUGGAUCCUAGUCUUGAGGUGCAGGCUGGGGAUAGUUACAAAACACUGAUUCAAAAGAAGGCUCUUGCUAGGUUCCGGGAGAUGUAGAUUAGGGCUUAAGCUAUGAGGCUGUGGUUGUAGAUAAGGGCAAUAAGCUAUGACGCUGAGGGUGGAAAUGUGGUAUUUUGGCGGGGCUAGGCAAGUGCUUUUGAGUGAUUUACUGCAAACUCAAAUCUCUUCUGCAUUAGACAGUCUUUGUAGAUUUGUAAAAAUUCAAUCAUAGAAGCUCCGGAAUUUUGUCUAAAUUGUUUCCUUUUCUUCCCCAAUGACCAGAGUUGCAAUCCUACUACACCUGCUGUCAAAGAUGCUACAAUAUCAAAUAUCAACACACCAUUGUAAUGACCAGGGGAAAAGCCAGUGAAAUGGAUGAAAAUUUUUUGUGUUAAAGUUAAAAAA